AUGGUUCCUUUGACGAUAGUAGAUGGCUCCUUUGACGACCGUGUAUUGCUCCGUGAACUGAUGGUUCCUUUGACGAUAGUAGAUGGCUCCUUUGACGACCGUGUAUUGCUCCGUGAACUGAUGGUUCCUUUGACGAUAGCAGAUGGCUCCUUUGACGACCGUGUAUUGUUCCGUGAACUAAUGGUUCCUUUGACGAUAGUAGAUGGCUCCUUUGACGACCGUAUAUUGUUCCGUGAACUGAUGAUUCCUUUGACGAUAGUAGAUGGCUCCUUUGACGACCGUAUAUUGCUCCGUGAACUGAUGAUUCCUUUGACGAUAGUAGAUGGCUCCUUUGACGACCGUAUAUUGCUCCGUGAACUGAUGAUUCCUUUGACGAUAGUAGAUGGCUCCUUUGACGACCGUAUAUUGCUCCGUGAACUGCUGGCUUCUUUAACCUCCGUUUUGAUGCGGUUUGUGACUGCGUCACUUAAGAAGGUCGCUGGAGGUGACUUCCCCCAUCUGUUAGUGUAUGGUCCAUCAGGGGCUGGAAAGAAGACGAGGAUCAUGUGUAUUUUGAAAGAACUGUAUGGGUCUGGAGUGGAGAAACUCCGCAUUGAACAACAUCACUUUACCACUCCAUCUAAGAAGAAGCUGGAAAUCUCAACAAUAUCCAGUAACUACCACAUUGAAGUUAAUCCGAGUGAUGUUGGUAAUAAUGAUCGCGUAGUGAUUCAGGAACUCAUCAAGACUGUGGCUCAGGUUAAUCAGCUGGAAUCUUCUACACAGAGGGACUUUAAAGUGGUUGUGCUGACAGAGGUUGACCGUCUGACAAAGGACGCCCAACACGCCCUUCGUCGUACCAUGGAGAAGUACAUGGCCACCUGUCGCCUCAUCUUGUGCUGUAAUUCCACCAGUAAGGUUAUCCCUGCCAUUAAGAGCAGGUGUCUGGGCAUUCGCGUUGCUGCGCCUUCAUUGGAUGAGGUGUGUCAGAUCCUACAGAUUGUUUGUAAGAAGGAAGGUCUGAAUCUCCCUAUGGAACUAGCAAAGAGAAUCGCAGAGAAGAGCAACCGUAAUCUCAGACGAGCACUUCUCAUGUGUGAGGCCUGCAGAGUUCAACACUACCCUUUCACCGCUGACCAGGCAGUGAGUGAACCAGACUGGGAGGUCUAUCUGCGCGACACUGCACACAUGAUCGUUCAACAACAGAGUCCUAAAAGACUGUUUGAAGUGAGAGGUCGACUUUACGAGUUGCUCACCCACUGUAUUCCAGCUGACAUCAUUAUGAAGGGCUUAUUACAAAACUUGAUCAACAGCUGUGAUGGUGAGCUGAAGACAGAGGUGAUUCAGACAGCAGCGUACUAUGAGCACCGUCUACAGCUUGGUCAGAAGGCCAUCUACCAUCUUGAGGCAUUUGUAGCCAAGUUUAUGGCCAUCUAUAAACGUUUCCUUGAGGAAGGCAUAGCAGACAUUUUCUGAAGUGUUAUUGACAGAAUACACUGGACAUGCAAUAUUUAUGUAAUUGACGGUCUGAAGUCGCUUUUGAGAAAUGUGCUAGUGUUGAAGUAGAGACACUGAAAGACAGGUGACAGAGUCAAAUGUCGGCAAGGAUUUGAAAAUUUUGUAUUAAUUAGAUAUUACCAAUUGAAAUUUAACUGUCAUAUGAAUAAUUGUGAUUGUUGAAUAUUUGUUAAUAAAGUAAGGGGAGAUGUGAA